AUGUCAAUUGAAACAAGAAGCAGGAGACUGCCAAGAUUAUGUACUGAAGUGGUGGUACAACUCCAAUCAGAACGAGUGUGUCCAGUUCUGGUAUGGUGGCUGCGGAGGAAACAAAAACCAGUUUGA